AUGGGUAAGGAGAAGAUUCACAUCAACGUCGUCGUCAUCGGCCACGUCGACUCCGGAAAGUCGACCACCACCGGACACUUGAUCUACAAGUGCGGUGGUAUUGACAAGCGUACCAUUGAGAAGUUCGAGAAGGAAGCCGCCGAACUCGGAAAGGGUUCCUUCAAGUACGCAUGGGUGCUCGACAAGCUCAAGGCCGAGCGUGAGCGUGGUAUCACCAUCGAUAUCGCCCUCUGGAAGUUCGAGAGCCCCAAGUACUACAUCACAGUUAGUGAGAUCCAUGAUAAGCAUGUUCAACCACUGACACUCUACUUAGUCGACGCCCCUGGCCACCGUGAUUUCAUCAAGAACAUGAUCACUGGUACCUCGCAGGCCGACUGCGCCAUUCUCAUCAUCGCCGCCGGUACUGGUGAGUUCGAGGCUGGUAUCUCCAAGGAUGGUCAGACGCGUGAGCACGCCCUGCUUGCCUACACGCUCGGUGUCAAGCAGCUCAUCGUCGCCAUCAACAAGAUGGACACGACCAAGUGGUCCGAGGACCGUUACCAGGAGAUCAUCAAGGAGACGUCCAACUUCAUCAAGAAGGUCGGCUACAACCCCAAGCACGUUCCCUUUGUGCCCAUCUCCGGCUUCAACGGCGACAACAUGAUCGAGGCCUCGACCAACUGCCCCUGGUACAAGGGCUGGGAGAAGGAGACCAAGGCCAAGGCCACUGGUAAGACGCUCCUCGAGGCCAUUGACGCCAUCGACCCCCCCAGCCGUCCCACCGACAAGCCCCUCCGCCUGCCCCUCCAGGACGUGUACAAGAUUGGUGGUAUUGGCACGGUCCCCGUCGGUCGUGUCGAGACGGGUGUCAUCAAGGCCGGCAUGGUCGUCACCUUCGCGCCCGCUGGUGUCACCACUGAAGUCAAGUCGGUCGAGAUGCACCACGAGCAGCUGACCGAGGGUGUCCCCGGUGACAACGUCGGCUUCAACGUCAAGAACGUCUCGGUCAAGGAGAUCCGCCGUGGCAACGUCGCCGGUGACUCCAAGAACGACCCCCCCAAGGGCUGCGAGUCUUUCAACGCCCAGGUCAUUGUCCUCAACCACCCCGGUCAGGUCGGUGCCGGCUACGCACCCGUCCUCGACUGCCACACCGCCCACAUUGCCUGCAAGUUCUCUGAGCUCCUCGAGAAGAUCGACCGCCGUACCGGAAAGUCUGUUGAGAACUCCCCCAAGUUCAUCAAGUCCGGCGACGCCGCCAUUGUCAAGAUGGUUCCCUCCAAGCCCAUGUGCGUCGAGGCCUUCACUGACUACCCUCCCCUUGGUCGUUUCGCCGUCCGUGACAUGCGUCAGACCGUUGCCGUCGGUGUCAUCAAGUCGGUCUCCAAGGUCGACAAGGCCGGCAAGGUCACCAAGGCCGCCCAGAAGGCUACCAAGAAAUAA